CUCCCUCCCCCUAUAAAUACUUGUCAUCUCUGUUCCAACCACACCAACGAAACACGCUCCUAGCAUUCCUGCCCUGUCGCUUUCACUUUCAUCUGCACGCCUCCUGCCGUCCUACAUCUCACGGACCAGACGCAACAACAGAGGGUACCUUCGAAGAUGAGCCGCAGCAACAAGAAGAACUCUUCAAGGGGCCUUGACCUGAAGCUGAACCUCUCGCUGCCGGCAAGAGGGAACUCCUCCAACAGGGCGAUGGCCGACGAGGAGUCGUCCCCGAGCUCGUGCCUGUCGUCAGAGAACGAGCACGGCCUGCAGUGGUCCAACAGCCCCGAGGCAACGUCUAUGGUGCUUGCCGCCUGCCCUCGCUGCUUCAUCUACGUCAUGCUCCCUCAGGAUGACCCUCGGUGCCCCCAGUGCAAGAGCCCCGUGCUCCUUGACUUCCUGCAGGACAAUAACAAUAAUAACAGCAACAACAAUAGCAGCAGGAAGAGCAGGAGGGGAUGAAAGAAGAGGACAACAGGUUGGCAGCACAACAUCAAGAAAAGCGUUUAUAUGAAGUCCUAGGUCCAGUAGUUCUAUUUUAGUUUGGUCAUUUCUUCAGUGUAACCAUGAUAUGUCAGCACUAAAAUUGUGAUGCUAGCAUAUAUCCAUGUGCUAGUGUCAUGAUUUUGAUAUAUCACGGAUACACUGGGGAUUAUAUCCCCUCUCCUGCGUUCUUCUUUAGUGGUUCUAAACGGAGUAGAUUUGUUUAGACAUAGGACCAGACUUCUUCUCUUCUGUUUGUUAUUUCCAAGAUAACAAGAAAAGUUUACCCCGGAAAUCUCAAAUCGGGAUGAGAAUAUCAUUCUGAGAUAUCCAUAAUAGCUUUAUUUCAA